CUUGCAACUUCACUGACAGAGUGAGCAAUGAUAACUUGACCGUUACAAUGCUCCAAUUUCUGCUGUCCUAACAGCAAAUUGCAGCACUAGCAAGUAACUAGCAGCUAAAAAAAAAAAAAAACUAGGGCAUGGCCUUGGCCAUGGCUUCGUUAUCUAAACCACCACCACCGCUAUCCCUUCACGCUUUGUCAAACCCUAUCUCUCUAUUUUCCUCGCCGGCAGUGGUGUUAUCUUUUCCGUUUAAUCGAACAGCUUUCGCGAGUCCAAGUGCGCGCGCGAUUAAGACAGGAUCAGACAGUUCAGAUUUGUUGAGGAAACCGAUUGCACCGUCUGAGAAGGACUUGUUUGGGAUUUCUGAAGAAGAAGAGGAGGAGGAGGAGGACAGUGAAGGGGAAAGGGAUGAAGAAGAAGAGGAAGGAUUUGUGGAUUGGGAGGAUAGGAUUUUGGAGGAUACGGUCCCACUUGUUGGGUUUGUUAGAAUGAUUCUUCAUUCUGACAAAUAUGAAAGUGGAGACAGAUUGAGUCAAGAGCAUGACAGAACUAUUGUGGAUAGAUUGCUUGCUUAUCAUCCAGAUUUUGAUAACAAGAUUGGAUGCGGAAUUGAUUAUAUUACAGUUGGGUAUCAUCCUGAUUUUGCGGACUCGCGAUGUUUGUUCAUAGUUCGAAAAGAUGGGCAAGCGGUUGACUUUUCUUAUUGGAAAUGCCUAAAGGGCUUGAUCAAGAAGAACUAUCCACUAUAUGCAGACAGUUUCAUUCUCAGACAUUUCCGACGGUAGAGGAGUUGAAGGUAGCCGCCUCAACCUCUCAACCACCUGUAUAAUUGUAAGCUGAGGGUUUUUUCUCCCUUCCUUUUGUUGUCUAAAAAGUCUUUGUACGUCUUGAAGCAACAUAUGUAGAAAGUACAAGCAAUGAUUGAAAUCCUUAAGUUUAAAAUGAAAUGCUUGGUAAAGUUUCCAGAAGGAUAAAUCUAAAAGUUUGGAGCACUCUUCAACUUCAA